AUGUUGGUUGUGUCAAUUGAAGAGUUCGAUGAUGUUGGUGGUGGUGGUGAUGGAAUCAGAUCUCGUGUUGGUGGUGGUGGAGGAAAGAAGAAUAGUCUGAGUACAAAUGACUUGCUGGUUAUCGCGGAAUGUUUCCCUUUGCGGGAAGAACUCGACCUCAGUUACCCCUCAGGCUGCAAACAUUACACCAACUAUCUUUAUGGGGUAGAGGCUCUUUCAGAGACACUUUUCAAACUCCGUAAGGUUAAUCUUUCUGGCUUAACCAUAAUCGAACAAUCACUUUUCCACUUGUUGAAGAAUUGUAAUCUUCUUCAAGAGGUCAUCUUGUUUAACUGUGAUCGUAAAAAUAUAACUCAAGUAGGAAUUGCUUCUGCUCUCCGUGAAAGACCAACAUUGACGUCUUUCUCCUUUUUCAUUACUCCUAAUGUGUGGGACAUCACUUCAGAUUUUAUUAAGUCGUUGGUGAGUUUGAAGGGUUUGACUUCUCUUAAUUUGCAGCAUUUAGGAAUUUCAGAUAAGUUGCUCUACUCUAUUGCAAAGGAAUGUCUUCCUUUGACAAGUCUUGUCCUUCAAAAUGCUUAUUUUCUGAACAAUCAACAUGUUGUAAAUUUGUCUUUGCUUCUUGGUGAUUUGGUGUCCAUAAACCUUAGUCGUUGUUAUAAGAUCACAAAAUUGGCCUUGUUUGCACUUGCUAAAAACUGUCCUUCACUUAGUGAGAUCAAAAUGGAAAGAAUAGGGAAUGAGAUUGUAGAGAAUUCUGAAUCUUCGAUGGAGCUUGGUGUAUACCCUCAAUUUGUGCAAUAA